AUGGUGGUCUGGAUACAAUUUCCAGCAUUCUCGGUGCACUUCUAUCACAAGGAGAUCCUCUUCACGUUAGGGAAUAUGGUCGGCCGAUCAAUCAAGUUAGACUUUCACACGCAGCAUCAACAACGCGCGAAGUUCGCCCGGAUGGCAGUGGAGCUGGAUUUAUCUAAGCCCCUGGUAACGCGAAUUCGUCUAGAUGGGAAGUGGCAAUACAUAGAGUACGAAAAUCUUCCCACUUGCUGCUUCGAAUGUGGAAAGAUUGGACACACGUCGACUACCUGCCCCUCCCUGACGGCGAAUACGCCGGAAAUGGUGACCGGAAGAUUGGUGAGUCCGACAGAAAACUGGUCGGAGAAGCCGUCGGAAGAAAAGGCCGGCUACGGCCCCUGGAUGCAGGUUUCGAGACGCUCCCGGCGAGGAUCACGGGCUUCGGAGAAAGGAAAUAGUAGCGCCAAUCAAGGAGACUCUGCGGGAUCUGUUAAGGCCGGAAAAGGAAAGAGUCUGCAUAAAGAUAUGGAAGGGCCCAACGGACAGAAAGAGGCUCCAAGCAAAAGGGAGGAGACGCUGCGGAAUGGAGCGAUAGGAAAAGGAAAGAAUGUUGGAACAGGGCAACGUAAUGGGAAAGAAGGGGAAGCCAAAGAGGCGGCGGAGAUGGCAACUGGGGGAAAGGGAGUUCUCGGGCCUAUCCCCUCCUCAAAUGCGGGCCUAAUUCUAAACGCCACAAAGGCAGUGCUAAGAGCCCAGAAUCUUGGAACCACGUCCACCUCUGCUGGAAAUGGGCCCGUCUUGGGUGUUGGGUCCGUGAAACAUCCUAGAAGCAAGGGCUCUUCUUCUUCAGGCCCACCCACUACGCAAUCUAUCUCCGGCCCCAACGCCACUGCCAUCCAAAUUGUGGCAGUUCCUUCCAUCGACAGCCAGAGGGUUUCAGAACGCAAGGCUGCGACGCCAUCGGCGGCAACCCGGACCAAGAAGCAGACCGAAGAUAAAAAAAAGAAAACCAAACCGCACAAGUCUCCGAGGAAGGUUACUGCUAGAGCCCUGCAAGUCUGGACACCCGUCAAAGAAAAGAAGGCCAAGUCGAGAACGAGAUUGGCGACUCUAACUCUUCAAGAAAUAGCUGCGUGGACAGAGGCGGCGAAAUCGGGGCAGCCGGAGGAGACUUUGGCGACACUGGCGGAGGAUUCGGGUCUGAACAGGAAUGGCGUUUUGGUCGCCCCAGACCCGGCUAACUAG